AUCUUUUUCUACUACUUCUACCACCACUACUACAACAGUUUUACAGCGAUUCUUAAAUUAGCUAAUCAUUUGUAUCUUAUUGGAUGAUAUAAACUACAUAGCACACAAUGAAAUCCCUCUUUUUUUUUUUCAGUUCAAUCCAAAUCACCAGUUGUUUAAUAGACUUCUCUAUCAUUAACUUUCAACUUGAUUUACUUGCAAUUACACUUUGUUUUUUUUUCGUUUUUUUCAUCUUGAAAGUACAUUUGUUCUCUAUAAACUAACCUGGGAAAACUACUAGUCUAUUUAAGAUAUUACGUGCUC